UAGGUGUCCUUCGAAGGAGAAGAUUUGAUCUGUCGUGAGAUGCACUGAACAGACCCGUGUGCUCCAUUCAUGUUCGCCACACGCUUGGGACUUGCUUGCGGAUGGCUCUCGGGAUAGAAACACAUGACCACACCCGCACAUUUCACAUAUCCCAUGAACAAUCAAACACUGGGAAUUCCGUCAAUAGCGACCACGAUACUCAUGCGUCAAUGUACGAAAAACGAGAGCUACAUGAAGAGCGAAAACCUGCAGUAAAUUGGGUCAUCGAAGGCUUCCACUCGCUAUUGCGUUGACAGCCAGGUCAAUUCUGAAAACACCAUUGGAUAGUCCAAAGACGUGCGCACGCAUCUCACGCCUGAACGACAUUUUCCAGACGCAUCCUGUUUCUGACGCCUGUCUCAAUCCCAGAGUAGUAAACAACAAACUUUCCCUUGGAUAGCUACUUCUGUUUAUUCUGAGGAUGUGAUAGUGACUGAGUCACACAUGACAUCAGGUAUUGCACUCUGCUGUUAUGAAAAGUUAUCAGGUCACCAAGGAUCAUGAUAAUAAUUAAACACAGCGCCUGCUGUUUCACGUACACAAACUGAUAAGAGAUGGCCCAGCACAAGAACACUGACCGAGGGUAUGCGUGGGUGGUCUUGGUCAUCAGCUGGCUACAACUGGUCAUCUGCAGCAUCGUCUACUACUCACCAGCCGUGGUCAACACUGCCCUUCUGGAGAAGAUGAAGGAGGGCGUGGUCAAAACAUCGUGGGUGGGGUCUACCGUGUAUGGGACAUUUAUGUUUACAGCCCCUGUGACCAGCUCUUUAACGAAUGUCUUGGGGGGCCGUAUUGCGGCAGUUCUUGGAGGUCUUCUGACUCUGGUUGGCGUGUCGGCUGCUUUCUUUGCCACGUCGGUAGAUGGGAUGAUUGUGUCCUAUGGACUUGCUGCAGGAAUAGGAUCUGGGUUGAUGGACGUGUCGGCAGCUGUCAUCAUCUGUCACUAUUUCCACAAAUACCUCCCACUUGCCUCGGGUAUACAGAUGUCCGGAGGAGGUGCAGGGAUGCUCAUUGGUCCUCCUUUAGUGAGAUACCUGCUUGAUACGUUCGGCCUUUGUGGGAUGUUUCUCAUACUGGGCGCUAUAGCAGCUAAUGCAUGUGUGUGUGGUAUGAUGUUUAGACCAUCACCCCAUGAGCAACAAGCAGGAACAAAGACAAGAGAGACACCGGGAGACGUGACCCGUAAUCUUAUGGAUCAAGAAGUAGAAGAACAACCAGAAGUCAGAACCAGUUGUCUGCAACGUUUACGUUCGACAGGCAGUGAAAUGAGGACAGUUUUGUCAAAUGUUAGCUUUAUGCUAUACGUCCUUUCCUACACGUUAUGGGGAUUUGGAGAAUCUAUUCUUUAUGUACAUUUAACAAAUUUCGUGGAAUCCAAAGGAACAAGCCAACAGAAUUCUGCCAUGUUGUACAUAGCUAUGGGAAUUACCAGUACUAUAGCGCGGGUGUUGGCAGGGUUUGCUGGUACUGAUCCAACAAUAGGCGUCUUCAUGCUACAUACGGGUAUGUUGGGUGUAGCAGGUUUCCUGAUCAUACUAUGUCCCCUUCUGUCUGGUUCCUACCUGCUUCAAGUUUUGUUCUGUAGCAUGUAUGGUGUGUACAGUGGUGGGGCUAUGGCCCUAGUAAAACCCAUUACUGUUGAUCUGGUUGGCGUGAAACAACUGGCGACUGGAUAUGGAGUGACAAAUUUCAUCGGUGGGCUUGGAUUACUUCUGGGACCUCCUUUUGCAGGGUUUAUCAAGGAAGUGUCUGGGAGCUAUGGUGUUAGCUUUGCUUGUUGUGGUAGCGCACUUGUGAUUGGAAGUCUUUUUUCUCUGGGCAUACCGAUCUUUAAGAGAUCAAGUACGUCAAGUGACUCUCAUGACAAGGAUAUGGACGAGGCAGCUGCUGAAGAAUAUACAGCCGUAGCGUCUGAAACAGAGGGGCAAAUGUUACACAUCCACUGAUUAUGAAUUGCUUUUCUUCAAUAUGUGGAACUAUUUAUCAAGAAAAUAGUACAAUGUCUCACUCUCUCUUGUGGUAACUCAAACUACACGCAUUAUACGAAUGGCAAUAUAUCCGGUAUCCGGUUUCCAUUGCAAGACGGAAUUUGCAAAUGUUUUACAACUAAUAGUGUCUACUAAGUUGUAAUUUGUAUUCACAUUUAAGAUACGAAUUUUGGAAUCAAGCAGUACACCUUGAAACCAUGCUUUUAUCUAUGUCCCCUGUUGGCCAGUUCGUAUUUCGUAUGACUGAAAACUGUUAAGUUACACCCCUGGCCGCACUAGCGUCCACCAAGUUCAGACACAGAGGUGCUAUUUCACUUUGGUAACGUGACAAAACCAACCCAUUCAAACACCAUAGUUGUAGACCUAAUUUCACAGGAAACCUUACUGGCCAAGGCAAGAUGUUGUCUAGUUGAAAUAGUGUUUGUCCUGUUCUGUUGCAAGAACUGAAAUACAACAAUGCAGAGAGAUUUGUCGAUGUAAUGCUGUCCAGUGAUGUUUCCUUCCAAUAUCCUCAGAUCUUUCUUGACUUGGCUACAGAUGUUGUAUUGAUAAGACUCUCAUGCCACAUUAAAGGACCACUGAUGCCGCAUUGACCGGGCUACAUAUGCUGCUUUGCAGGACUAAUGAUGCCGCAUUGACUGGGCUACAUAUGCUGCUUUGCAGGACUAAUGAUGCCGCAUUGACCGCACUACAUAUGCUGCUUUGCAGGACUAAUGAUGCCACAUUGAAGGGCUAAUGAUACCGCCUUGACGGGGCUGCUAAUGAUACUGCCACCUCCAAACGGUUCGACAUAUUGCUGUCACGACUCAUAGUGAUCUGCACUCUCUGA